GGGGCUACUUCGGGCUAGACGCCAACUAUGGCUAGUUUCUUGGCAACGCAUAACUUUUGAACUCGUCCUCCGUACGUACGCAGGCGCGAAAACAGGACCCAUCGGCACACUGCAACUGACGGCCAUACCAGAUGGCUUUUGUCAUAGCGAGCGAGAUCGACCGACCGUCAGGGCAUCUCGACCCACGUAGCUGCGCUACCCGGGCCCUCCAUUACGCUCGCUCAGGCAUGGCCUAUAGCCAUUCACCAAAGCUUGUUUCGCUAUGUCGUAAAGACCGCAGUUGAUGCUAGGGUGACGCUGGUUGUCCGGCUCGUGUGGCCCCACACGACGGAACACCUGCGACAGCGCUGUUCUAUAUUCAGAACAUGUCCGCGUGUCACGGUCUUGUGGCGGUGUCUCUCUCUCUCUCAUGGUGUCAUGCACUGCCAUGCGACGGAUGAUUGAUCAUUCAUCACUGGGGGUUCACCGUUCUGCUGGGUUUUCUAUCACAGUGAGGCUGCUGGCUUGUUUGUUUCAGGGCGCGUGGGGAUUCAACUUGCUCAGGGGAUUCAUGUCCACCGGACGUGUCGGAGAAGAGAUGGAUGGCCGUACGUAUGUAUCCGUACAGUACGUAGCACAUACGUGCUUCUUCGUGUUGAGCAACAGUGAUCUGCAGAGAUCUCCGAUUCUCUCAGGUUCGGUGUGGUUCGUCCGCUGGUCAACCAUUUGUUUUCCUUGAAGCCUGAAGGUGGUUCCUUGUUUGUGCGUGUGGCUUUUUGUGGCUGAUGGCGGGACUGGCUGGCGGAUGAAACAGGCAAAAGAUUUUCAGCGGAGACCCAGCUACCAGCCGAACACUACCAGUACUAGUAAAGCUGUUAGCGACGAAUCAAUGCUCUUCCAAGUUUUUGCUUCUUUGUUAU